AUAAGAAAAGAUUAGAUGACCAUCGCCCUCCCUUUGUUUUUGCUGGUACACAAACAUUUCUGUCAGUCUAUUUGUCUGUCUGCCAAGCUCCCUGUCUAUCUGUCUAGCUCUCUGUCUCAGAGAGAGCCACAAGACUGUGUCAUCAUCACGUUUACUCACAUCUUUAAGCUGAGUUUGGCACUUUGUCUGGAUUUUUUGGGUUAUCCUAGGAGUUUCCCAGAACAUUUUCGAGAAGAAACAAUGUUCACAGGGGGACUGCAAGCUACUAAGCUAAAAGAAGAAUUUCGUGAACACUUCCGCAACAUUAGUCGCAUUAUGGAUUGUGUUGGAUGCGACAAGUGUCGAUUGUGGGGCAAGUUGCAGGUUACUGGUUUGGGAACGGCUCUGAAGAUCCUAUUCUCGGGUAACUUUGAUCAGCCUUUGGACCAGCAAUUAAAUUUGUCAGCAGUGAAACAAACCAAGUUUCAACUGUCACGAGGAGAAAUUGUUUCUCUUUUCAAUGCGUUUGGAAGGUUGUCUCGCAGCGUCAUGGAAUUGGACAAUUUUCGCCAGGAAAUCCUAAGAUAAUACUGUAAUGUCAAUAAUCUUUCACUGAAAAUUUUCUGUGAUAUUUGUUAUAUUAAUGUUUGUACUAUGUUACAAAAAUAGUGUUAAUAUAGUUUUCCAAAUACUGUGUGCAGUACUGUACGUGAAAUUGUACAUUGUUGCUCUCGCUGUUUAAAUAAGGAGUGGGUCUGCUACUGCAACUUAAGAGCUAGAGAAUGAAGACCUUUUACGAUGUUGAAUGUUACACGUAUUAAUUUAAAUACAGUAAAUCUUCUAAUUAACAUAUUAAUAGGGGAUAAAUGUUAUUGCCAAUUGUUCGUACAUUUCAUAUCAUAAAAUAUACUUUUCAUGAUUGUAACAUUAUUGGACAAGGUUCAGAAUCGGCAGACUUGCUCUGUUAAUUCAGAAGACUGCCGGACACUAAAAAUAUCGUAAUUUGUAAGACGGUACAUUGCUGUACAAAAGUUGUAAAUAAAACAUUGAAAGUACAAUGGUACUGUCAUGUACAGUAGAGGACAGUACAGUAUACUAGUUUUACAGUAAUUUUGUGGUGGAAAGAUGAGGUGCCAUGUUCGAUAGUGGUGACUCAGAAUAACUUUUUUUUCUAAGUCGUAGCAUUAUUAUUAUAAUCAAAAAGAAGCGCUGAGCCACAAGGGCUAUACAGCACUAAGUCAGAGCAGUUAAUUAAAUUGUAGACGACUGAGAAAGAGGGCCAACAUCUACAAUAAACUUAAGAGUAUUGUCUAUAAUUUUGUACUUGCUUUUAUGGAUAUCAGACACUAUUUCUUAAGACCAUAUUCCUGACAUGCCAGUGCCACUAAGACAAGACUCGAUCUUCCUUAUUAGUUCAACUCUGCUUAACAUCGAUAUUCACAGGUUUCCUCUUGACACCACUUGCUAUAGAAGACAUUGUUAAUUGCACUUUAAUAUGUUAGUAUUUACACAUGGCACUGAAUCCAGGGGAAAUAAUAGGACACUGAAUGACGUGUAUCUGUGAGCAAGUACAGGCAAUUAACUGAUGCAGGAAGUCUAUAGCUCUGUGAACAAGGGAAACAGACAGGUCCUAUAUGAGGAGACACUGGCCAAUUUUGGAAUUAUCAGAUUUGAUCUGUUGAUAAUAUCUAGAAGUCUUUUUGAAUCAACACUAUCAAUACAGACAAAAUCCAGAAUCUGUGGGCUUUUUUCCACUUCGUCUUAUGAGUCCAACAUUUGUCUGGCUAAUUUUUUUUUUUUUUUUUUUUUUUGGUUUUCUAUAUCCAUUAAAUUGGGAUAUGUUAAUUAGAGGUUUUACUGUACUUUUAAUCGAUAAUUUAUUUUCUGUUUUGUGUGUCACUGUCAAGGUUUCUGGGGUGAAAAAUGGUUAAUGACAUGACAUUCAAUGCCAUCAAUAAACUUGGUAGGUAUCACCAUGGAGCAAUUGUUUGGUAACUAUAUUUAUAGUUUUUCCAUGGAUAUAAUUUUUUUUUUUUUUGGCCUAUUUGUUACUGUGAUUUUUUAAUUUGUUAAAGAAGAGUGAAUUUAGUAUUUUACAUAUUUAUGAUAUUGUAAUUUUGUUUUGUUAAUGAUCUCAGUAUUGAGCCUGACAAGUUUGAUCCAUAGGGUGUUGGUAUUGUGUGAAAUGUUAUUUACAAUAACAUUUGGUUGAGAAAAAAUUGUGGUACAGGGAUAUGAAUAUUUAGCCUACCUGGCUAAAUUAGGAUUUAGGUGGUACAGUACUGUAUUCACCAAUGCAUGAGCACCAAAUUGUAUUCUACUUUUAUCUUGAUAAAAAAAAAUUGAUAGGAUUAAGAUACACUAUUAAAGCACUGCUAUGCCUUUGGAAUCUAGGGUAAAAAUGCAUCUGCAGCAGAACUUAACAACCAUGCCAAGCUUGUUAGUACAGUAUUACCAUACAGGAAUACGUAAUUACGAUAUGUUGUUGCUAGGAAAUUGCACUAUAAAGGUGUUUGUUUUUAUUUACAGUACAACAGAAUACUUAUAAACUACUAUAGUCACAAAUUAUUAAAUAAAGAAAUUGAUGUAUACAUUGCAUCUAUAAAGA